ACCGCCGGCUCUGAAGAAGAAGGUGGGAUAUUAGAAGUUCAACAUUUUUAAAAUAUUAAUUCACAUUUUCAAAAUAUUGUUUCCACAUUUUCAAACUACUGAUUCUAACAUUUUCAAAAUGAUGGUUCAACAUUUUUUUCCAAUAAAUAUUGAAUGGAUAUCAGCUGGAUUUUAAUGGAUUUUAUAGAUGAGUUUCUUAUUAACCAUUUUUUACAAGAUGUAUAGGAGCGGGAGUUUUCCGCUUCAUUUCCGAUCCGGCCAGUCAGUCAACGCAACACACAGCUACCUCUCUGUUUCGCACUAUACAGUGCUCAAAGCGCCCCCUGCUCCUUAGCUACUUCAGAAAGCUGAGUGGACGGAGUCACUCAGCUCAUCCUAGGAAGGAUGAGAGCCGUACGUCCGCUGCAUUUCGACAUUUCGUCGACCUUUCCACUUGCUGGUUCCCUGCAUCUCUAUAAAAACAGCGCGAGCGGUAAUUAAGAAGAACCACCAGCACACCUCCGAUCCUGCUGGAUAUCAUUCACCAUUUUGUUCGCUCCCUUCAUCCCAUCUUCAGACAUCAUCCGUAGCUAGCUAACACAGUAACACCUGCCUACAUUAUUAGGUGCUGUGUGAUCACCAUCAGUUGGUGGGUGCUUCGCGCGCGGGGGUGCAGUGCACGCAGCAAGAAAACUGAGGUAAUUAAAGGAUUGGCAUUUUCUAUCAUCAGUAAUCCGUGGACCUACAUGUUCUCUCUUUUUUUUAAUAAAUACAUUUUCUCUCUUAUUUAGGUCAAUUUAAAGUAUCUCAUGUACGUUGUUUUGCAGUCUCAACAGAUACCUGCAGAUCAGCUUCUGACCAGUACUUUCCUCUAUCUAAUGGGGGAAAUGGUGGCUUCAGCCCUUGCUCAGGAGGGCGUGAGCAGGCUGUCCUCGUACAUCUCAACCAAGCUCGAUGAUAGGGCAUCCAGAGCACACACCGUCGCAAGGCUCGAGAUGGCACUCUCUCGCUUGGAGUUUGUCCUUGAAUGGUCCAGGAAGCAGCCAAUCACAUACGUCUCGCUGAUCCGUCGCUGGAACAAGUUCAGGUGCGCCUACAAUGAGGGAGUAUAUCUACUCAACAAGCACAAGCUGCCGGCGCUCCAAGGCCAUGAAGAAACUGGUGGGCAAGUGGUGGUAACGCGUUCCUCCUCCUUCCUUGGACGGAUUAUUGCUAGUGCUGCGAACUUCUCCAUCUCAUCUCUUGCUGGCCUAAGCAAGCAGUGCUUGAGCUCCAACGUUGUCCAAAUCAUUGAGGUGUACGCAGAUAGUGUUGGCGAGUUUGUAGCGGACGUGGAGUCCGCCUGCCCAUUUGUCAGGCAACUUCUUCAAGGGAAAUAUCUCAGCUAUAACAAGGUGAAAGGAAGACAAAAGCACCAUUUUAUUGUAUCUCCUGUGAUUCUGGAAGGGCGUGGCGUAGAGGCGUUGCUAUGGUAUGAGUAUUUCGAUCCUGAGAGGCUAGAUAAAAGUUUAUGUCUAGGCUUAGUGCUACGGCUGUCGGAAAGCACGGACAUAGUUGGGGCUGCUAUAGAUUGCUUGCGGUCAUCCGCAUCACUGCUCAACCUUGUGGCUCAAGAUGCAGUAAUGGGAGAGCUCACCCAGGUGCCUAAUUUACAGGACAUUACGGAUUCGUAUGCUUCACCCUGGGUUGUUGACUUUGAAGACUGCUAUCCUUGCUUUAGUAAAUGUUCACGCCCGGAUCCACUAUGUUGCCAACGAAAUGGGCACGAGUUAUCGCACAUAUUCCAAGAGCAAACUAUUUUUUUCAAUUCCAGUUGUUACAUCACAGCACGAGAUUACAACUUGCCUAGCGCAUCUAACGAAGCUGGUACAAACGUCAUUACAGAUCCAUAAUCUUCAGCUGCAGGUUAUAUUCCACCCUCACCAAUCGAGUUACAACAAUUAUGUAACCGAGGCCAUGGGUGAAAGCAAAAUAGAAGAACAGCCAUUUGGUAGCAUACAACAAACGGUUGAUAUGAUAAGAUCAAGAUCAAUCGACGAUCUCAUCCGUCAGCUCGAGGUGAUAGAGUAUUAUUGGGUGUCCUGGUGCUCUAGACAUGGUUAUGCAAAUUUUACUGUGAGAAUGCCAAGUAUGGGCACGGCAGGUGUGCCCAAAGCCAGCGGCAGGUACAACACCCGGAGUGCAGCUGCAAAGAGAAAGCGGUAGAAGCUAGCCUUGGUGUUGUCUCAACUAGCUAGUAUAUAUAUUGUGUGUUUCUGAUCUCAAAAGCGCUCAAUGUACAAGUAGAAGCCAUGUGCUGAUAUUUGAGAAAUGAAUUGUGAUGUUGCUGUUCUUAUUGACUCCAUCUUGAGGCUAAUUUGAUCAACUAUAUUAUGCAAAA